AUGGCAACUGCUCGACCAUCAUCUACAGCAUUGCAUUGUAUAUCAUUUCGAGAAUAUUGUUCUUUUACUAAUAUGAAAUCAGUACUUCGUGGUUUUGUUUAUGAAUAUGAAACACCGAAAAUUGUAACGAUUCAUUCAGUUUCAAUUGCUCUGAUGUGUCGUCUUAUUCAAUUACUUAUUUUAAUAUAUGGUAUUGCAUAUUUAAUGAUACAUAAAAAAGGCUAUCAAGAGACAGAUACAUCAAUUAUAUCAUCUAUUACGUUGAAAGUUAAAGGUAUUGGCUAUAAUCAAACAGGACAAAAUCAAACAUUAGUUAUUGAUGGUGCUGAUUAUAUUGUUCCACCACAAGAAAAUAAUGCUUUAUUUUUAAUGACAAAUUUUAUUCGAACUGAUCAAGAACAUAAACGAUGUUCUGAAUCACCUGAUGAAUCAAAGUCAAGUUGUACAGAUGAUGCUUACUGUAUAGCAAAUAGAAAUUUUCAAAAAGCUAAUGGAAAAUGGACUGGUCGUUGUUUAAUAAAAAAUGAUUCGUUAAUAACUAGUUAUGAAUUAAUAACAGGUCGAUGUGAACUUGAAGGUUGGUGUCCAGUUGAAAAUGAUUUAAAUAUUCCAAAUCCAAUACGUGAUGCAUUAAAUUUUACAAUAUUUGUUAAAAAUUUUAUUGAAUUUCCACGUUUUGAUGUUAUUAGAAAAAAUAUUAAAGCUAAUGCAUCUUAUUUAAAACGAUGUAAUUAUGAUAAUAUUACACAUACAAAAUGUCCAAUAUUUCGUGUUGGAACAUUACUUGAUAUGGUUGAACCGGAUAAAUCUGAACAAAUGCAAAUGUUAAAAUUAGGUGGUGUUAUACGUGUUAAAAUACAUUGGGAUUGUAAUUUAGAUAAAUCAUACGAUCUUUGUCAACCUCAAUAUUCAUUUCGACGUUUGGAUGGUGCAUAUAAAGAGGAAUCAUUUUCACAUGGAUUUAAUUUUCGGUUUGCAUCACAUUGGAAACAUCAAAAUCGAUCUUAUCGAACAUUAACUAAAGCAUUUGGUCUCCGUUUUAUUAUUUCUGUUAGUGGUGUUGCUGGUCGUUUUGAUAUCAUAACAUUAACAUUAAAUAUUGGUUCAUUAAUUGGUAUUCUUGGUUUAGCAACAUUUAUAUGCGAUAUUGUUGCAUUAUACGUUCAUCGUCAAUCAGAUGUAUAUCGUCAACAAAAAUUUCAAGAUGUUGAUUUAAAUUUAAUAGGAUUAGAUAGUUUAAAACCUGUUUCAUCAGAUACAACAACAAGUGAAUCAAAACGAAAACAUUCUAAUCAUAUGGAAAAAAAUCUAUCAAAUUGUCAUACUAUUGAUAAUAAAAAUGUUGAAUCUUCAAAUGAAAUGGAAUAUCAACAAGAUAAAUUAAAACAUAAUAAUUUAUGUGAUAAUAUAUCAUCAACAUCAAAAGAUAUAAAUCAAGAAGCAACACCAACUUUUAUCUAUGGAAAUUUUCAUCAACAAAAAUUAGGUUUAAAUUCUUCAAAUACAAGUCCAUCAACAUCAUCAAUAAAACAAAGACGUUCAAUAACAACAACACCAAAAUCACGACAAUUACAAUUAGCAUAUGUAUCAAAUGAUGAAAAUCAAUUAUAUGAUAAAGCAAAUAUUUCAUUUGUUGAUGAAGAUUCGACAGAAUUAAUUGAACCAAAUCAAAAAACUGAUGAAAAUGAAGAUUUAAAUAAUAGUUCACCACUUAUUCAUGGACAAUCUGCUGUGCAAUCGCCAACAACUGAAACACUUCUAUAA